AUGGAAACCUGUGACUCCCCUCCUAUCUCAAGGCAGGAAAAUGGGCAGAGCACAUCAAAGCUGUGUGCGGCAGCCGCGGCGACACAACUUGAUAAUGAGGUGCCAGAGAAAGUUGCAGGCAUGGAGCCUGACAGGGAGCACGGCUCCUCUGCGGCGGAUGGCAACCUGAACGCCAACGAGGCCUCAGCCGAGGAGCAGCAGCAGCAGCAGCAGCAGCAGCGAGGCCCCCAGGACGGCUUGCUGGGCCUGGGCCUGGGCCUGGGCCUGGGCAGCGGCCAGCAUGCCCCCUCGGGCCCGCAGCUGGCCACAGCCAAGGAGAUCCCAUGCCACGAGUGCGCCGGCUCCUUCCCCAGCCUGCAGAAGUACAUGGAGCACCACUGCCCCAACGCCCGCCUGCCCGUCCUGAGGGAUGACCACGACAGCGAGGCCAGCGAGCUGGAGGACAGCGACGUGGAGAACCUCACCGGGGAGAUCGUGUACCAGCCCGACGGCUCGGCCUACAUCAUCGAGGACCCCAAGGAGGCCGGGGGUCCCCAUGCACCUGCAGCCACCGCCACCUCCACCUCCACCGCCGGGGUGCACGGCCAGCUGCUCUCGGCCGCCCGCUUCCUGGACUCCCUGGCCGCCGCCGCUGCAGGGGGGGACCAGGGCGACCAGGCGGCCCCCGCCCCGCUGUCCUUCUACCCGCAGAUCAUCAACACCUUCCACAUCGCUUCGUCGUCGUCCCUCGGGAGGCCCUUCCCGGCCGACCAGGCCUUCCCAAAUACCUCAGCCUUGGCAGGAGCCGGCCCGGUGCUGCACAGCUUCAGAGUCUACGACCUGCGGCACCAGCGAGACCAGGACUAUCUCGCCAGCGACGGCUCGGCCAAGCACAAGUGCGUGUCCAAAGAUGUGCCCCCCGGCGGCCCGGACCCGGACCCGGACCCGGACCUGGACCUGGACCUGUCCCGGUUCGACGGCGGCGUGAGCGACGGCCGGAGGAAGCCCGUGCUCAUGUGCUUCCUGUGCAAGCUCAGCUUCGGCUACACGCGCUCCUUCGUGUCGCACGCCGUGCACGACCACCGCCUGGCGCUCAACGCGGGCGAGCAGCGGCUGCUGCGCGGCAAGGGCGUCUCCGCCAUCAUCCAGGGCAUCGGCAAAGACAAGGAACCUCUGAUCAGCUUUCUGGAACCAAAAAAACCCACCCCCUCCGCCCACCCCCACUUUUCCACCGCAAACCUCAUCGGCCCCCCGGACCCGGCCGCCGCCUCCGCCGCUGCCGCUGCCGCCGCCGCCGCCGCCUUCCGCGGCCUCUGGGGCGCGUUCCGCGUGGAGAACGGGGACCCCCUGCCCCCGCCCCCGCCGCCCCCCCAGCCGCCGGGCUUCGCCUUCUUAAAAGGGAGCUCGUCGGGGGGCCUGGCGUCCUCCCUGUCGUCCUCGUCCUCCAGCCCAGCAGCUGAGCUGGGGGUCCCCCCGAUGAUGCCAAAGGCGGACCCUGCAAACCUGGGGGGGCUGUCGUCCAGCCUCGUCGCCAACACCCCGAUUACCUCCGUGUCCCUCGGCCACCCAGCAGCGUCCGAGGCCAGCAAGAUGCCCGAGGGCAGCAAAGACCAAGAGAACAGCUGUGAACGGCCCCAGGGGAGCCCCGCGGGGCGCCCGGGCGGUGGCGGCACCGUUACCCCAGAUUGCCCGGUCAAGCGCGAGCCCCCCGAGGCGGCCGACGAGGACGAGGAGGAGGAGGAGGACGCCUUCUCCUCCAAUGACCUGGACGAUGACGAGGAGGCGAUGGGCGAACUCGCCGAUCACAGUAUGGGCCACAAAGAUUUCCCGCUCUUAAACCAAAGCAUUUCUCCUCUGUCCUCCAGCAGCAGCGUGCUAAAGUUCAUCGACAAGGGCCCCCCGUCCUCCUCCUCCUCCUCUUCCUCCUCCUCCUCCGAGGACCCCGAGAAGAAGAAGCAGCAGCAGCAGCAGGCGGCCGCCCCCCGGGCCCAUCCCUAUGGCCUGGGGGGCAAGGACGGGGCCCCGGAGGCCGGGGGUGCGGGGAAGGACAGCGCCCCGGCCCCUCAGGCCCCCCAUCCCUGCGACCCGGGCCGGGGGGCCGCCGAGGAGGACAGCGGCGCGGCCCCCCCUCACCAGCACCACCACCACCCCGGCUUCGCGCCCAGCGCGCCCGGCACCCCGGGGCCCGGAGGCGGGGACGGCUCCCCCGGAGGCGGCGGCGGCAGCGGCAUCGAGUGUCCCAAGUGCGACACGGUGCUGGGGUCCUCGCGCUCCCUGGGCGGCCACAUGACCAUGAUGCACUCCAGGAACUCGUGCAAGACCCUCAAGUGUCCCAAGUGCAACUGGCACUACAAGUACCAGCAGACGCUGGAGGCGCACAUGAAGGAGAAGCACCCGGAGCCGGGGGGCUCGUGCGUGUACUGCAAGACCGGCCAGCCGCACCCCAGGCUGGCGCGCGGCGAGAGCUACACGUGCGGCUACAAGCCCUUCCGCUGCGAGGUGUGCAACUACUCCACCACCACCAAAGGCAACCUCAGCAUCCACAUGCAGAGCGACAAGCACCUCAACAACGUGCAGAACCUGCAGAACGGCGGCACGGGUGAGCAGGUGUUCGGCCACGCCGCCGCCUCCGUAUCGGCCCCCAACGCCGGCCUGGGCGGCGGCUGCGGGACCCCGUCCCCGUCCAAGCCCAAGCAGAAGCCCACCUGGCGCUGCGAGGUGUGCGACUACGAGACCAACGUGGCCAGGAACCUCCGCAUCCACAUGACCAGCGAGAAGCACAUGCACAACAUGAUGCUCCUGCAGCAGAACAUGAAGCAGAUCCAGCACAACCUGCACCUGGGCCUGGCGCCGGCCGAGGCCGAGCUCUACCAGUACUACCUGGCCCAGAACAUCGGCCUGACCGGCAUGAAGCUGGAGAGCCCCGCCGACCCGCAGCUGAUGCUCAGCCCCUUCCAGCUGGACCCGGCCACGGCCGCCGCCCUGGCCCCCGGACUCGUAAAUAAUGAGCUGCCGCCUGAAAUCCGGCUUGCCAGUGGUCAGCUAAUGGGUGAUGACCUGUCCCUCCUUACUGCAGGAGAGCUGUCACCUUAUAUCAGUGACCCGGCAUUGAAGCUCUUCCAGUGUGCUGUGUGCAACAAAUUCACCUCUGACAGCCUGGAGGCCCUGAGCGUGCAUGUGAGCAGCGAGCGCACCCUCCCCGAAGAGGAGUGGAGGGCUGUAAUUGGAGACAUCUACCAGUGCAAGCUCUGCAACUACAACACGCAGCUCAAAGCCAACUUCCAGCUCCACUGCAAGACCGACAAGCACAUGCAGAAGUACCAGCUGGUGGCUCACAUCAAGGAGGGAGGCAAAAGCAACGAGUGGAGGCUCAAGUGCAUCGCCAUUGGCAACCCCGUCCACCUGAAGUGCAACGCCUGCGACUACUACACCAACAGCGUGGAUAAGUUACGCCUGCACACCACCAACCACAGGCACGAGGCAGCCCUGAAACUCUACAAGCACCUGCAGAAGCAAGAGAGCGCGGCCAACCCGGAGUCCUGCUAUUACUACUGCGCCGUGUGCGACUACUCCACCAAGGUCAAGCUCAACCUGGUGCAGCACGUGCGCUCCGUGAAGCAUCAGCAGACCGAGGGCCUGCGCAAGCUCCAGCUCCACCAGCAGGGCCUGGCCCCCGAGGAUGACAACCUCGGCGAGAUCUUCUUCGUGAAAGACUGCCCACCGAGUGAGCUUGAAUCUGCCUCUUUGGGAGCCAGGGCCUGUGAGGAUGACCUGUCGGAGCAGCCGCUGAGAGUUACCCCAGAAGAACCGAGUGAGGAGCCAGAAGGACCUCUGAAGCCGACACCGGCGGCCGAAGAGGAUGAGAAAGACACAAACGAGAGGGACGCUGGUGAAGGCAAAAACUCCUCCAGUAAAGAGCCCGGAAUAAUCACACCGGAGAAGGAGCUGAAGGUCGGUGUACUGGGAGCGACCCAGCCACUCCUGCUGGCGAAGGAAGAAGAUGUCACAACCAAACGGUCAAAAGCUACAGAGGACAAUAAAUUCUGUCACGAACAGUUCUAUCAGUGUCCUUAUUGUAACUACAAUAGUAGGGACCAAAGCCGCAUCCAGAUGCACGUCCUGUCGCAGCACUCGGUGCAGCCUGUGGUCUGCUGUCCCCUCUGCCAGGACGUCCUCAGCAACAAGAUGCACCUGCAGCUGCACCUGACGCACCUGCACAGCGUGUCCCCGGACUGCGUGGAGAAGCUGCUCAUGACAGUGCCUGUGCCAGAUAUGAUGAUGCCAAACAGUUUGCUGCUGCCCGCAGCUGCCUCUGAGAAGUCGGAGCGGGACACGCCGGCAGCCGGCACGGCCGAGGGGGCUGGGAGAUAUUCAGGUGAGAGUCCAGUGGAUGACAAGAGCAUGGCAGGUCUCGACGAUGCCAAGGCCGGUGUGGAAAUCAAGAGCGAGGAGCAGAAACCAGCCAGAGAGCCCGUGGACGCGUCCGAGUGGAGCAAACAUGGCAGCAAGGACGCGAAGAUCCCCGACGCCCUGGCGGACCCGCUGAGCGAGCAGCAGAAGCGGCAGCCGCUGGCGGUGUCCGACCGCCACGUGUACAAGUUCCGCUGCAACCACUGCAGCCUGGCCUUCAAGACCAUGCAGAAGCUCCAGAUCCAUUCCCAGUACCACGCCAUCCGCGCCGCCACCAUGUGCAGCCUCUGCCAGCGCAGCUUCCGCACAUUCCAGGCUUUAAAAAAACACCUGGAGGCCGGCCACCCCGAGCUGGGCGAGGCCGAGCUCCAGCAGCUCUACGCCUCCCUGCCCGUCAACGGGGAGCUGUGGGCCGAGGGCGAGGCCGUGGCCCCCGACGACCCCGCCCUGGAGCAGGAGAUGGAGAGGGAGUACGAGGUGGACCCGGAGGGGAAGGCCAGCCCCGUGGGGAGCGACAGCAGCUCCCUGCCCGACGACAUGGGCUCCGAACCAAAGCGGACCCUGCCCUUCCGGAAAGGGCCCAACUUCACCAUGGAGAAGUUCCUCGACCCGUCUCGCCCGUACAAGUGCACCGUGUGCAAGGAGUCCUUCACCCAGAAGAACAUCCUCCUGGUCCAUUACAAUUCCGUGUCGCACCUGCACAAGCUGAAGAAGGUGCUGCAGGAGGCCUCCAGCCCCGUGCCCCAGGAGCCCGGCGGCGGCGGCGGCGCCGACAACAAGCCCUACAAGUGCGGCGUCUGCAACGUGGCCUACAGCCAAAGCUCCACCCUGGAGAUCCACAUGCGCUCCGUGCUGCACCAGACCAAGGCCCGGGCCGCCAAGCUGGAGCCCGGCGGCGCCCACGGCCUCGGCCAGGCCGGCGUGGGCAGCCCCGGCCCGGGCAUGCUCGAGUCCAUGAGCUUAGCCUCCUCCGUCAGCAGCAAAGAUACCCACUUAGAUGCCAAAGAAUUGACUAAGAAGCAGACCCCUCCGGAGCUGCUCUCGGCGCAGCCGUCCCCGCACCACCCGCCGCCGCAGUCCCCGGCGCAGCUGCAGAUGCAGCUCCAGCACGAGCUGCAGCAGCAGGCCGCCUUCUUCCAGCCGCAGUUCCUCAACCCCGCCUUCCUGCCGCACUUCCCCAUGACCCCCGAGGCGUUGCUCCAGUUCCAGCAGCCGCAGUUCCUCUUCCCCUUCUACAUCCCCGGCGCCGCCGAGUUCAGCCUGGGCCCCGAGCUGGGCCUGCCGGGCUCGGCGGCCGCCUUCGGGAUGCCCGGCAUGGCCGCGGGCAUGGCGGGGUCCCUGCUGGAGGACCUGAAGCAGCAGAUCCAGACGCAGCACCACGUGGGCCAGACCCAGCUGCAGCUCCUGCAGCAGCAGGCCCAACAGUACCAGCCCCCGCUGCCGGCUCAGAAGCCCGCCGCGCAGCAGCCUCUGCAGCCGCCGGCCAGCAAGCUCCUGAAGCCGGACCAGGCCGCCACCCUGGCCGGGGGGGCCGAGGGCCCGGCCACCAAGGACGGCCCGGCUUACAAGGAGGCCGAAGACGGUGCAGACAAGCAAGACAAACCAAAGCAAGACUUCGCCGGGGACGGGGAGGGGCCCAAAGAAGGCAGAGACGCCAAGAAGCCCAAGUCCCUGGAGCCACCCAUCCCGCCGCCCCGGAUCGCCUCGGGGGCCCGGGGCAACGCGGCCAAGGCCCUGCUAGAGAACUUCGGCUUCGAGCUGGUCAUCCAGUACAACGAGAACCGGCAGAAGGCGCAGAAGAAGGGCCGGGGCGGCGGCGGUGGCGGCGGCGACGGGGACGGCUCUGGCGCGGACAAGCUGGAGUGCGGCACCUGCGGCAAGCUCUUCUCCAACGUGCUCAUCCUCAAGAGCCACCAGGAGCACGUGCACGGCCAGUUCUUCCCCCGCGGCGCCCUCGAGAGCUUCGCCCGCCAGUACCGGGAGGCCUACGACAAGCUCUACCCCAUCGCGCCGCCCUCGCCCGAGACCCCGCCGCCUCCCCCUCCUCCUCCGCCGCCCCCGCCUGCCCCGCUGCCCCCGGGGGGGCCCCCUCAGCCGUCCCCUCUGGGGUCCGUGAAAAUGCCCAGCUCCGGGGUGUCCGCUCCCCUGCAGGCCCCGCCCCCGACGCCCCCUCCACCCCCGCCGCCCCCUCCGCCUCCCCCGCCGCCUCCCCCUCCUCCGCCGCCCCCCUCGGCGGCGCCCCCGCCGCAGGUGCAGCUGCCCGUGUCCCUGGACCUGCCCCUCUUCCCGUCCAUCCUGAUGCAGCCCGUGCAGCACCCGGCGGCCGCGCUGCCCCCGCCCCUGGCCCUGCAGCUGCCCCCGCCCCAGCUGGACGCGCUGUCCGCCGCCGACCUGGCGCAGCUGUGCCAGCAGCAGCUCGGCCUGGACGCCGGCGGCUUCCUGCGCCACUCGGCGCAGUUCAAGCGGCCUCGGACCCGCAUCACCGACGACCAGCUCAAGGUCCUGCGGGCCUACUUCGACAUCAACAACUCGCCGGGCGAGGAGCAGGUGCAGGAGAUGGCCGAGAAGUCGGGCCUGUCGCAGAAGGUCAUCAAGCACUGGUUCCGCAACACGCUCUUCAAGGAGCGCCAGCGCAACAAGGACUCGCCCUACAACUUCAGCAACCCGCCCGUCACGGCGCUGGAGGAGCUGCGCCUGGAGCCCCCGCCGCCCUCGCCGCUGGAGCCCCCCUACAGCAAGGGGGACCCCGCCUUCAGCAAGCGCUCCUCCCGCACGCGCUUCACCGACUACCAGCUGCGCGUCCUGCAGGACUUCUUCGACACCAACGCCUACCCCAAGGACGACGAGAUCGAGCAGCUCUCGGCCGUCCUCAACCUGCCCACGCGCGUCAUCGUGGUGUGGUUCCAGAACGCGCGGCAGAAGGCGCGCAAGAGCUUCGAGAACCAGGCGGAGGCGCGGGAGGGCGGCGGCGGCGGGGACAAGCGCGAGCUGACGGCCGAGCGCUACGUGCGCACGGGCGGCGGGCAGUACCAGUGCAAGAAGUGCGCCGCCGCCUUCGCGCGCAUCUUCGACCUCAUCACGCACCAGAAGCGGCAGUGCUACAAGGACGAGGACGACGAAGCCGCCGGGCAGGACGAGAGCCAGACCGAGGACUCCAUGGACGCCACCGACCAGCUGGUGUUCAGGCACUGCGCCUCCUCCUCCUCCUCCUCCGGCCAAGGGGACGCGGCCAGAGGCGCCACCACGGCCCCCGCAGCGGGCAGCUCCGGCUCCGGCACGAGCACCCCUCUGAUGCCAUCGCCUAAGCCCGAGCCCCCCGAGAAGACCUCCCCCAAGCCUGAGUACCCCGCAGAGAAGCCAAAGCAGAGCGAGCCCUCCCCCACUGCGCAAGGCCCCAAGCCGGCCCCAUCUUCGGUGUCCACCUCCUCCUCGGACCCACCGCAGGCUUCAGGGGCCCAGGCCCAGCCCAAGCUGUCCAUGGGGAGGCCCCCCUCGGCCUCGCAGACGCCGGUGCCCGUGCCGUCCAGCCCCCUGCCGCUGCCCCUGGCGCCCCUGCAGAACAGCCUACCUCCGCCGCAGCUGCUCCAGUACCAGUGCGACCAGUGUGCCGUGGCCUUCGCCAGCCCCGAGCUCUGGCAGGAGCACCAGCACAUGCACUUCCUGGCCGCCCAGAACCAGUUCCUGCACUCGCCCUUCCUGGAGAGGCCGCUGGACAUGCCCUACAUGAUCUUCGACCCCAACAGCCCCCUGAUGGCCACCGGGCAGCUGCUGGGCGGGUCCCUGGCCCCGAUGGCACCCCAGGGGGGCGCCUCCCACCCGGCGGGCCCCGCUGCUGCUGCCGUGGCGGCCUCGCUGAAGCGGAAGCUGGAGGACAAGGAGGACCCGGCCGCCUGCGGCAGCGAGAAGGACGCGGGGGGCGCUGGCGGCGAGGACCAGCACCGCGACAAGCGCCUGCGCACCACCAUCACGCCCGAGCAGCUGGAGGUGCUCUACGACAAGUACCUGCUGGACUCGAACCCCACCCGCAAGAUGCUGGACCACAUCGCGCGCGAGGUGGGCCUCAAGAAGCGCGUGGUGCAGGUCUGGUUCCAGAACACGCGCGCCCGCGAGCGCAAGGGCCAGUUCCGCGCCGUGGGCCCCGCCGCGCAGUCCCACCGGCGCUGCCCCUUCUGCCGCGCGCUCUUCAAGGCCAAGUCCGCGCUGGAGAGCCACGUCCGCUCCCGCCACUGGAGCGAGGGCAAGCCGGCGGGCUACAGCCUGCCCCCCAGCCCGCUGCUGGCCGCGGAGGACGGCGGCGAGAGCCCCCAGAAAUACAUCUACUUCGACUACCCGCCGCUGCCGCUGGCCAAGGGGGACCCGUCGAGUGAGAACGAGCUGGCGUCCACCGCAUCCACGCCCGCGAGCAAGACGGCCGAGCUGUCCCCCAAGCGCCUGCUCAGCCCCUCGUCGUCCUCCUUCAAGGCCGAGGGCCCCGAGGAUGGGGAGCCCCUGGGCGCCCCUCCCGCCGCCGCCGAGGCCGCCUACGACCCGAGCAAAGCGGCCGCGGACUUGGACGAGACGUCGUCCGUGACCACAGCCCUCAGCGACGCGUCCACGGGCGACGAGGCCGGCGCCGAGGUGGAGAGCACCCUGGGGGGCUCCGGGGACGGGGGGAAGCCGGCCCUGUCCCCCAAAGAGCCCAGAGCCCUCGAUGCAUUGCCAAAAACCGCUGCCGCCACGCCCCCCGCGGAGGCAUGCGAGGAGGAGAAGUUCCUCUUCGCCCUCACCAGCCCCUCCUCCGUGCACUUCGGCGACAAGGACAUGGGCGACCACGACCAAAGCUUCUACAUCACCGACGACCCCGAUGACGCCGCCGACCGCAGCGAGACAUCCAGCAUCGCCGACCCGAGCUCGCCGAACCCCUUCGGGUCCGGGUCCGGGUCCGGCGGCAGCAACCCUUUCAAGUCCAAAAGCAGCAGCAGCAGCAAUGACCACCACCGGCCGGGCCACAAGCGGUUCCGGACUCAGAUGAGCAACCUGCAGCUCAAGGUGCUCAAGGCGUGCUUCGGGGACUACCGCACGCCCACCAUGCAGGAGUGCGAGCUGCUGGGCAGCGAGAUCGGCCUGCCCAAGCGCGUGGUGCAGGUGUGGUUCCAGAACGCGCGCGCCAAGGAGAAGAAGUUCAAGGUCAACAUCGGGAAGCCGUUCCCGGUCACCCAGGGCGGCGGCGAGGGCGCCAAGCCCGAGUGCUCGCUGUGCGCCGUCAAGUACUCGGCCCGCCUGUCCAUCCGGGACCACAUCUUCUCCAAACAGCACAUCGCCAAGGUGAGGGAGUCGGUGGGCAGCCAGCUGGACCGGGAGAAGGACUACCUGGCGCCCACCACCGUGCGGCAGCUCAUGGCGCAGCAGGAGCUCGACCGCAUCAAGAAAGCGUCGGACGUGCUGGGCCUGGCGGUGCAGCAGCCCGGCGUGGUGGACAGCGGCCCGCUCCACGGCAUCGGCCUCCCCGCGGCCUACCCCGGCCUCCCCGGGCUCCCGCCGGUCCUCCUCCCCGGGAUGAACGGGCCGUCCUCCCUGCCCGGGUACCCACAGAACUCAAACACUUUGACGCCUCCCGGCGCAGGCAUGCUUGGGUUCCCCUCUUCAGCCACUCCGUCUCCCGCCCUGUCUCUCAGCAGUGCCCCCGCCAAACCGUUGCUGCAGACUCUACCACCUCCACCUCCUCCUCCAUCCUCUCUGUCAGCACAGCAGACCGAGCCGCAGAACAAAGAACCGGAGAAGAAGCAAAGUAAGCCAAACAAGGUCAAGAAGAUCAAAGAGGAGGAACUGGAAGCCACCAAACCCGAGAAGCACCCCAGAAAAGAGGAAAAAAUCUCAUCUGCUCUUUCCGUGCUGGGCAAAGUCGUGGGCGAGACGCACGUGGAUCCGACCCAGCUGCAGGCCCUGCAGAACGCCAUCGCCGCCGGCGACCCCGCGUCCUUCCUGGGCGGCCAGUUCCUGCCCUACUUCAUCCCGGGCUUCGCGUCCUACUUCACGCCCCAGCUCCCCGGGGCCGUGCAGGGCGCCUACCUCCCGCCCGUCUGCGGCGUGGAGAGCCUCUUCCCCUACGGGCCCGCCGUGCCCCCGGGCCUGGCCGGCCUGGCCCCGGGCGCCCUGCUCACGCAGUACCAGCAGAGCCUGCAGGACUCCCUGCAGAAGCAGCAGAAGCAGCAGCAGCAGCAAGACCCGCUGCCGCAGAAGCCCGGCCUGGCCAAGGCGCCCAAAGUGGAGAUCAGCGACCCGUCGCCCGGCCCCGGGGAGGCCGCGGACCCCAAGGAAGACCAGGCCGCCGCCGCCGCCGCGGCUGAAAGCACAAAGGAAGAACCACCCCGGGCCGAGCCCAAGAGCGCGGACUUUGCAGACACUUACGUCGUCCCGUUCGUCAAGUAUGAGUUCCUGUGCAGGAAGUGCCAGAUGAUGUUCACCGAUGAAGACGCCGCGGUCAGCCACCAGAAGUCCUUCUGCUACUUCGGCCAGCCGCUGACGGACGCCCAGGAGACCGUGCUCCGCGUCCCCGUCAGCAGAUACCAGUGUCUCGCCUGCGACGUGGCCGUCGGUGGGAAUGAAGCCCUCAGCCAACACCUCCAGUCCAGCUUGCACAAAGAGAAAACAAUCAAACAAGCAAUGAGCAAUGCCAAAGAGCAUGUUAGAUUAUUACCUCACUCAGUCUGCUCCCCUCGCCCUAACACCACAUCUACCUCGCCGUCUGCAGCUUCUUCGAAUAACACCUACCCUCAUCUCUCUUGCUUCCCCGUGAAGUCCUGGCCCAAUAUCCUUUUCCAAGCGUCCGCCAGGAAAGCUGCUUCUUCCCUGUCCUCCCCUCCCUCCCCGUCCUUGCCUUCAACGGUUACCUCAAGUCUGUGCAGCACCUCAGGGGUUCAAACCUCACUACCCACAGAAAGUUGUUCAGAUGAGUCUGACAGUGAGCUGAGCCAGAAGCUGGAAGACUUAGAUAAUUCUUUGGAAGUCAAGGCUAAGCCCGCUUCUGGCCUAGAUGGGAAUUUCAAUAGCAUUCGAAUGGAUAUGUUCAGUGUGUAG